AUCUCAAGAACAGAGCUAUCUGGAUUAAGAAGGGAAUAAAUAAGGAAUUUGUACUAGGCACAAAWGAUAWAAAAGAUCGAUGAGUCAAUCUUCGUCUCGAAAGAAACGUAGACCACCCCAGCGUCUUUCGUGGCCGGCAAGUUUGACACAAGAUAGUACUAUAUCUAUGGGAGGCGGAACACAACAAAAAGRAACACCGAAACAACRCGCCGAUCAGAAAUAUACCGGUAAUGAUAGGAAUAAUACUAAUGGGCGCAAGCGUGGUAGAAAAUCGAACGAUCUUUCAACAAAUGGCGUGAACCUUGAUGAUCGUGAUGGGAAYGACGUAAUGUGGGUUGAAAAGUUUGGGCCAAGGUCAACUUCGGAGCUGUGCGUUGCGCCUAAAAAGGUAAAAGAGAUCAAAACGUGGAUUCAGAAUACUUCGUCUUCGACAGCAACAUCACAGCAAAAACUGUUGAUUUUGGUUGGGAGUCCGGGAAUAGGAAAGAGUACAACUGUUCGAGUAGUUGCCAAGGAAUUGAAUCGUCAAAUCUUGUCAUGGAAUGAAUCCUUUAUUCCGAGAGGAUUUCAAGAUGCUAAUUCGCGAGGCCUUUUCUCUGUGCAGGAAACGUCUGCCCUAGAUUCUUUUGAUGAGUAUUUACAACAAAGUGGUUCUGGUAUUGCAUCUCUGCACUUGACGACUUCGUCGAAAAAGAAUAUUGAAAACRGCAACAAGGCAMUGAUAUUGCUAGAAGAUCUCCCGAACAUACACGGCAAAUCUGCAGAAUUGCGAUUCCGUGAUAUUAUGAGUCGUCAUUUGCACCGAUCCUACGUUCCGACAAUUCUAAUAUUUAGCGACGUUUCGGAGGGAAAGCAUCGACCCGAAGAUCUAGAACGCCUUAUCGAUCCGGAUGUUUUGUAUGAUAACGAGAAAACAACUAUCCUAMAAGUUCACUCSGUUACCAAGCCAAAAAUGAAGAAAGUUUUGACAGAGAUUGCGAAACGCGAAAGAUCCCGCUUCAGUGCCGAAUUCUUGGAUGAGAUUCAUCUUCAAAGCCACGGAGAUAUGAGACAUGCUAUAAUGAUGCUUCAAUUAUACGCUACUGGGAGAUCGAAGGUUGAUUACGAUGACACUUUUUCGGGUAAUAAGGAGCAAAACCUACGCGAUACCAAACUAUCGACCUUCCAUUCCCUGGGGAAACUUCUCUAUGCGAAAAGAGUCUUGGAUUCGAACGGAAACUCUCGUUUGGCGUUUGAUCCGGAAGCUAUCUUGGAGCGAAGUGAUCUUGGGAUAGAUGGAUCCUUGCGCUUCCUUGAGUUUCACAGCGUUGAUUUUUUCACAGACAUCAUCGAGCUUAGCAAAGCGUAUUCCUCUUUCUCGGAUGUUGCUGAUAUGCUGGGGCACGCUACUACUUCCAGAGGAAGCAAAACCAAUUGUACUAGUAACAUAUUUCCGUACGGCUGUGCUUCGUCAAUAGCUGGGCGGACGGUAGCCAACACCAAYACCCGGCCCGCUCCCAACAAGUUYCGUCAAUUUUCACGACCAAAAGUCUUUGAUGUCAUCCGCAAUGGUAGGCACAACCAAAUCCUUGUUGAUCAACUUUCUCGAAGACUUUCAACAACUGGAUCGACAACUAAUUUUGUAACAGAAUCAUUGCCGUACAUGCGGCAAAUCACUCCACAAGAAGUCGACCCCUAUCUAGAYAACUUGUACUCCGUUGCUAUCCAACGUCAUAAGGAAAARUCAGUUUCUUUUCGCGAGCAUGGUGAGAAUGACGAGAAGCUAGGCUUCCAGAAGGAACAAGAAGCUCUGCUCGAGAUGGAUGAUAUWGAAGAAUAUGAUAGCACMUARUUUAAUCUCGAUAGGACGAGUGUAAAUCCAAAAUACAAUUUAGAUAUCGCGUUUCUUYUGACGWUUAUCUCGAYYAGAACGAUUUCACCAUGCUUAACUCGCGAAUAUUCGAUUCAAUUCGCGGGUGGCAGAAAAUGGGAAUGGAAUUCGUUCCUAGKUUCAACACUAGGACAUGAGAAUWUUUUCAUAAAAUUGAAAUAGCCUC